CUGCUGCCGCGCGUGUAAACGUAGCAUAACCAAGCGCCACCUCACGGUUGAGUUGAGUACCUCUGAUUUCGUAACUUAACCUAAGUUUUUUGCUACAAGUUCUAUUUAUUUGAAAAAUGAUAACGCACGAAUUAAUGCUUUUAUAUCGAGUUAUGCCAAAACCUGAAUUAGUGACUACAUUGAAGCGAACAGCCGAAACUCUUUUCAGUCGUGGGGGCAUCAUUCGAAAACUGGAAAAUUUAGGAACAAGAGACAUACCUUUUAAAAUUAGCGCCCAUGGCGUAGUUUACAAACAGGCCAGCUACUAUGUAUUCACAUUUAAUGUCCCUCCGAUUGCAAUUAAGGACUUAUUGGACGAAUUUGAACGCGACGUUGAUAUAAUCAGAAGGAAGAUCUUUAAACAGAAUAGUCCAGAAUUUAAAGAAUGUACAUUGCAUGAAGAACUCCAACCCGCACCCUAUCGUAAAAGUGUUCAAGAACUUAUUGCACAAGCUCGUAAAUUAGAUAAGCCUAAGUUUAAUUACAAUACAGGUUUGGAUUAUUACCCGUUCCAGAAGUAAUUUGUAGUCAAUGUUUGUAGAUAGUCAAUAAAAUUAUUACGUACUUUA